GUACAGGAAGUUCUUCCCAGGCCCAUUGCAGCAGGUCUGAUAAGAUGAGCAGGGGACAGAGGGAAGUAUGACAUGGAGACAGGCAGACAGACAGGCAGACUAACAAGUCAGGCAGGCAGAGGGUAUAAAAGGUGUGUUCCGAAGAGCAGAGCUGCAAACCCCUAUUGACAACAUGUUGCACAGACUGUCCCUGCUGUUACUGCUGGCUGCAUAUGCGCACGGAUGUGGAAAGCCAGCCGUGGAGCCGUCCACUAGCAGGGUGGUGAAUGGAGUGGACGCAACACCUCAUAGCUGGCCCUGGCAGAUCUCCCUCCAGGUGAAGCAUGGCAGCAGGUACCACCACACCUGUGGAGGAACUCUGGUCGGCCCUCGCUGGGUCCUGACCGCCGGACACUGCAUAUGGCCUGGAGACGUCUACCGCGUGGUGAUGGGGGAGCAUGACAUGACCCUGCAGGAGGGCUCAGAGCAGACCAGGGAGCUGCUACGCAUCGUGGUCCAUCCCAGCUGGAACAUCGACUGUGUGGCCUGCGGGAACGACCUGGCCCUGCUCAAACUGGACAAGGCCCCUGCGAUGACAGAGCAGGUGGGCGUGGCUUGUAUCCCGGAGGCGGGCGAGAUCCCUGCCCACGCGGCGCCCUGCUUCAUCACCGGCUGGGGAAACCUCUACACCCACGGGCCCAUGCCAGACCGUCUCCAGCAGGCUAUGCUCCCGGUGGUGGAACACAGUGUGUGCAGCCGCAGCGACUGGUGGGGCAUCAACGUGAAAAACACCAUGAUCUGUGCUGGAGGAGACGAGAUCUCGGGAUGCAAUGGUGAUUCCGGAGGCCCUCUGAACUGUAAGGGUUCGGAUGGACUUUGGUAUGUCCAGGGAGUCACCAGCUUUGUGUCGUCACGUACCUGCAACGAGGUGAAGAAGCCAACCGUGUUCACACGCACCUCCGCCUUCACGGACUGGCUCAGCGACACCAUGCUCCGCUACUGAAGAGCAAGAUGGAUGCCGACAGUGGGAAGAUGAUAUCCCAUUGGGAACCGUUUUUACAGGGCAAUUUUUCUCAAUAAACAUAUUCUCAUAUACA